GGGAUCUUUCGUAAGGCAGUUUGACUUUGGAUGUUUGGUAGGGGCCAGUGUUGGCCUGUCUUGUUUUUGUGCUGCUUGCUUCCUUCAAGGUCCUUCCUUCCUGCUACUGCUCCUCCUCCUCCUCCUGCACCUGCACCUGUGUCUGCAGCUUUGCUUGCUGCAACUUCUGCACUCACUUCACUGCACAGUCCACUGACUGCAACCCGAGUUCCAGUUCCGUUCCUCUUGCUUGGAAAUCCCACCCGGAUUCGUGUCCGCCUUGAAGCAAGUGCCAGGGCCGCUUAGUUGGUGAUCAUAUGUGUUUGUUGCUUUGUACAAUGUUUCACCUACUUGUUUCCAAGGAUUUCUAAAGAGAAGCAUAUGCAUCUCUCUUUUUCUCUUGCUGUUGAUUGAUUUUGACUGCGAGUAGGACUGCUGAGAAAGUGGCUUGCCUUGGCCUUCCAUCUAAUUACCAUCCUUGCAUCAAUGCUGUUGUUUUAAUUUCUGGAGUUUGUCUAUAUGCUGAUGCUUGGUAUAGAUAUGGUCCCCUUCCCUUGCUCCUUGUUUGUUGCUUGCUCUAGUCAAGUGUGUGUUGGAGCGCUAACUCGUAGGCCUAGGUCCUAGGUGCUGGAGCGGGAGAAAAGCUAGCUUCUCUUUUCCAUGUUCCAUCCAUAGCCGUGGAGCUCCUCCUCUGAUCAAUCUCUGGUGGUCGUUCGUCAAGCCAGGCCAGAAAUCUCGAAGCAGCCAGGAGAAAGGACAGCACAAAGCACAAGAGCAGCUACACAUUCUUGUCGUGAGGGAGGCAUAUGCUCCCUAGAUUAGAGAGCGGAGCGGAGGAAAAAGGGGGCCAUUUUCCCCAGGCCGGGCAUCUGUUAUACUUGUAAGCACAAACAAGCAUGGGUUCCAGCUCGCAGAGUGGAGACGAGGCCGCUGCUGCCGAUUCGAGCAAGCAGCAGCAGCAGCAGAUGGGAAUGCCCACUUGGCUCAACUCGGCUCUGUCGAGGCAAACAAGCUCUCAACAACAGGCACAAGAUCAGCAGCAGCAAGCCUGGCCGAAUCCCUCGUCUUCGUCCUAUACCAACUGGCUCUCCGCGGCUGGUGCUACUAGCACGGGUGUUAGGCGCCUCGAGCAGCAACAAGCUUCCGCUACCACCAACACAAGUCCGGCCACUGCUACUACCACCACCACCACCACCGAGUUGCUGGUGGAGCAAGACAGGAAAGCAGCAGUGGCGGCGGCGGCGAUGCUCAUGGGGGCGGUGGAAGCGGAUGUGACCAGCCACGGCUCCGUUCCAGGUGACCCCGACUUGGACGAGUGUGCUGCUGCGCGCUACCAGAUGAAUGCCGGGCUCAAAGCUGAUAUUGUCACGCAUCCCUUGUACGAGCAGCUGCUCGAAGCUCACGUUGCCUGCCUCAGGAUUGCCACUCCAGUCGACCAACUGUCGAGGAUUGACGGGCAAAUCUCCCAGUGCCACCACGCCAUUGCAAAGUACUCCAUUCUGGCCAACCACCAGCUAUUGUGCGGGAGCAGCAAGGAAGAACUCGACCACUUCAUGGCUCACUACGUGAUGUUGCUCAAGUCGUUCAAGGACCAGCUCCAGCACCACGUUCGCGUCCAUGCCAAGGAAGCGGUGAUGGCGUGCUGGGAGCUGGAACAGUCGCUCAUCAGCCUAACUGGAGCUGCGCCGGGGGAGGGUACGGGCGCAACCAUGUCCGACGACGAGGACGAGCAGCAGCAGCCCCAGCAGGAGCAGCAGCAGCAGCAGCAGUCGGACAGCGAUUACUGGCAGGACAAUCUGGGAUUCGGACCCCUCAUCCCCACGGAGACGGAGAGAACACUCAUGGAGCGCGUGAGACAGGAGCUCAAGCACGAGCUCAAGCAGGGGUAUAGAGCGAGGAUUGUGGACGUGCGGGAGGAGAUCCUCCGCAAGAGACGAGCCGGGAAGCUGCCAGGCGACACCACCUCGGUUCUCAAGGCGUGGUGGCAUGCGCACUCCAAAUGGCCGUAUCCAACCGAGGACGAGAAGGCGCGGCUGGUCCAAGAGACCGGGCUGGAGCUCAAGCAAAUCAACAACUGGUUCAUCAACCAGCGCAAGCGCAACUGGCACCACCACCCAUCGUCGUCCACAAACUCGUCCACCAAAGCCAAGUGCAAGAGGUGAUGAUACAUCUAUCGGCCAAAUGUUGCACUGUCCCUUUUGUCCAAGCCCCAGAAGUGUUGUGCUUCUUUGAAAAGCAUGAAAAAAAUCUCCAAUAUCAUCGCGCA